AUGCCCAAAAUGAACCGUGCAGGAAUUGCUGUUUUGAUGGUUUUGACUGUUGCACUGGUGCGAAUUAGUGACAGUCAUAAGGACACAACAGGUGAGAGGAAAGAGGGUGCAGGACCAGGCCGGGCAGUCUGGAACCAGCAGCAAUCCCGGGUGAGGAGUCAAGGUCACUCGCCAAGGGGACCAAAGGACGGUGCAUCCUCCGGACCAUCGGGUGAAACCUCUCCUGGGACCAGCCGGUAUAGGACUCUGGUCCGCCUGCCAAGGGGCACAUCAUCCCAAGGGCACAUAUCCAAAGCAGGACCGGCUCAUGCUGCAGGCGCCUCUCGGGAAGACCUCGCCUCUGCGCCGCGGGAUGGUGCGUUGCGCACCGCCCGACACCCAGGCAGCCAGCAGCAUAGAGCCGGCGUGAACCGCAGGCAGAGCAGCAAGCCCGCCUCUGCCAGCUCAAGGAGACUUGUUGGGCCUAAUGUCUGUGGAGGUCAGCAAUGCUGCUCAGGCUGGGCUUUGGCACCAGGGACACAUCGCUGCAUAAAACCUGACUGCCAGCCCCCCUGCCAGAACCGUGGCUCCUGCAGCCGGCCACAGACCUGUGUGUGUCGCUCAGGCUUCCAGGGGCCCCGCUGUGAGGAGGUGGCUCCAGAGCAGGUGUACAUCCGUGAUGGAGGCGCCCUGAGACGUGUUCAACCUGGGACCAACCCUUUCCAGAGAGACCAACCGCGGAGAAGGCCGUCGGGAAGGCAGGCCAUCGAUACCACCAAGGUUCAGAACCUACGACCUGCGACCACCAGACAGCCUGUGACCCAAGUGAGACGGGGACCCCCUGACUCCUCCCCUCAGCAGACUGGGACCUCCCGCACUGUGAAACGUUAUCCAUCAUCCUCUGGGCCUAUAACCUCCAACGCUCUACCCAGCGGCAGCGGCUACGUUAACGGCCACGGCAGUGAGCACAGGAACAGGCCCGGACACAGAAAUGGGCAUAGCAAUGGGCACUAUAAUACUCACAGGCCUACCAGCAACAGCCAGCAGCACGGGCAGUUCAACAAUGCAUUAUUACCAGCAGGGGCCAACCUCACCUCCAACUUGGACCGCAUUAAGAUCGUCUUCACGCCCAUGCUGUGCCGCAGGGUGUGCAGCGGCGGGCGUUGCUACAACAGCUGUGAGAAGGGAGACAUGACCACGGUCUACAGCGAGAACUCACACCAGCAGCAGCAGCAGCAGCAACAGCAGCAGCCAAAGAACCAGGGCUUCAGACUCUUUUUCUGUCAGAUACCCUGUCUUAAUGGAGGCCGAUGCAUCGGCAGGGACAUGUGCUGGUGUCCUUCAAACUCAACUGGGAAGUUUUGCCACCUGCCAGCCCCACCUCCUGCCAGACCCACCCCUCACAGCCACAAGGAUGCCAGCCACCAGGGACCAAAAUCUCCCUCCCACUCCAUGUACACUCUACCGCUGUCCAAUCAGCAAGUGUCACUCCACCCAUCCUUGGUGAACGUCCACAUUCAGCACCCUGCAGAUGCAGAAGUCCAGAUCCACCAAGUAGCUCGGGUCCAGCCUGGGCAGAGACUGGCCACCACAGAUGGGGCUCACUCUGUGCAGCAGCGCUCCCAGCCUGGGAAUGAACAUGAACCAACCAGUGAGCAUAGCAACAGGCACCCAAUCGCCAAUGGCAACGGGAAUGGGCACGUCAGACCGCACAACCGUCAGAAUGGAGCUGUUGGAAGAUGCUUUCAGGAAACAGUUGACGGACAGUGUGGCAAGCCUCUGCCAGGCCUGACCAAACAGGAUGAUUGCUGUGGAAGUGUGGGCGCCUCCUGGGGUCUCAACAAGUGCCAAAAGUGUCCAACCAAACCAGCAUAUGCUGUGAUUGCAAACGGACAAGUGGAAUGUUCCAAAGGGUAUAAACAAAUGAAUCUCACACACUGUCAAGACAUCAAUGAGUGCCAGCUGCCUGGCCUCUGUAAGAACGCUGAAUGUCUGAACACCAAAGGAAGCUACAGGUGCAUGUGUAAACUAGGCUUCAUGUUAGACGCUGACAGGAGCCACUGUGUCUCGGAAAGGGCUUUGUCUGACCAGAGGGCAUUCUGCUACCGAUCGUUGUCAGCAAGCACAUGUUCUCUGCCGCUUGCUCAUCACAUCACCAAGCAGAUCUGCUGCUGCAGUCGGGUGGGCAAGGCCUGGGGCCCUGGGUGUGAUCGCUGUCCUUUGCCGGGAUCAGACCAUUUCAAGGAGAUCUGCCCAGCAGGUCACGGAUACACCUACUCGCGCUCUGAUGUGCAGAUUUCUUACAGACAGCUGGGGGAAGAGGAUCUGCAGAGCACAGGAGUGUCACAGGAGGAGCAGAGCCCCACUUUCCCUCAGCCUCAAGUACCCCCGUACUCCGAGUACCCUGAGACACCACAAGCACCCCGGUACCCUCUGACUCCACAGCAGCCUCUCCAUCCCUCUCCCCCAGACAGAGAGACACCCCAAGAGCCGAAAGAUGUGGAAAUUCUGAGCCCGCCAGCUGUUGUGACUGACUCACCACUGAAAUAUCCAGAAACUUCUCCAGACUCCUCCAUCAUCAACUUGAGUCCAGAUUCAGAGGACACAACCCACACAGGCUCAGCCACAGGCAUUGACAAGUGUGCCACCACUCCCACCAUAUGUGGCCAGGGGAAAUGUAUUCCUGUGCAGACUGGCUACACCUGCAACUGCGAGCCGGGAUUCAAGCUCAGCGCACUGCAGACCAACUGCAUUGAUGUGAAUGAGUGUGACGAGGAACCAUGCGGAGGGAAAGGUCGCUGUAUAAACAGCUUUGGAUCCUUUACCUGUCAUUGCCACAGUGGCUACAGCCAGGUGAUCACCCAGAACAGGAAGUUCUGUCAAGACAUUAACGAGUGCAGCAUGCCCAACAAGUGCCAGAAUGGUGAAUGCGUCAACACAGAAGGAUCGUACACCUGUGAAUGCCACAGUGGCUACGCCAAGUCUUGGAGAGGCCAAUGCGAAGAUGUAGAUGAGUGCAGAGAUCCCAUUUCCUGUCCCAACGGUGUCUGCGUCAACACUCCGGGCUCCUUCCAGUGCCAGGCCUGCAGCGCAGGUUUCAGGCCUGUCGAUGAAAGAUGUGUGGAUGUAAACGAGUGCUUGAAUCAAACAGUGUGCAGCCGUGGUGGGUGUGUCAACACAGAAGGCUCCUUUAGGUGCGACUGUUUCCAAGGAUACGAACUUUCAACGAACAAUGUUUGCCAAGAUGUAGAUGAGUGUGUGCUUCCUGGAAUUUGUCUCCACGGCCGUUGUAUCAAUCUGGACGGCACCCACAAAUGCACCUGUAACCAUGGUUACCAAGUCACCUCAGACAGCGAAGCCUGUGAAGAUGUCAACGAGUGUGCAACUGGUAAUGUGUGCCCUGCGGGAAUUUGCAUCAACACAGCAGGUUCCUACACUUGCCAGAACUGCAGGCCUGGGUCCGGACCAUCUGCAGAUGGACUGAGAUGUGAAGAUGUGAAUGAGUGUGCCCAGGGUGGCUUCUGUCUUGAUGGCGUGUGUGCCAACACGGAGGGAUCCUACACCUGUACCAGAUGUAAGGCUGGCUACACACUGUCUCAAGACCGGCAGAGGUGUGAAGAUGUUGACGAGUGCCAGUCCCUGUCUACCUGUGCCAACGGGAUCUGUCUAAACUCAGAGGGCUCUUACACCUGUGAGAACUGCCCUACGGGGUACAGUGUAUCAUAUGACGGAGAGCUCUGUGAAGAUAUUAAUGAGUGUGCGCUGCCCACUACAUGCCCCCAGGGAACAUGUACAAACACAGAGGGUUCCUUUACAUGUAUCGUCUGUCAACCUGGUUUCAGAGUCUCUGAGGAUGGACAACAGUGUGAUGAUGUGGAUGAGUGCUUGGUGGCUAACGUGUGCCAUGGCCAGCUGUGCUUAAACAUCCCGGGAUCCUACGCCUGCAGGAGCUGCGGAGCCGGCCUGCAACUGUCUGAGGAUGGUUACAGCUGUGAAGACAUUGACGAGUGCCUGACCCCAAGUGUGUGCCCCGCGGGUGUUUGCACCAACACAGAGGGCUCCUUCUCCUGCAUGGCCUGUGACCCGGGCUUCACAGUGGCACCCAACAGGCUCUCAUGUGACGAUGUGAAUGAAUGUGAGGACCCCAGCCUGUGUGUGGAAGGCCAGUGCACCAACACCAUUGGUUCCUAUAGCUGCUUCUGUCCUGAUGGUCUGGAGAUGAUUGAUGGGACGUCCUGCAGAGAUAUCAAUGAGUGUUUAACCAUCAUGGGCAUCUGUGGAGAAGGAGACUGUCUGAACACUAAAGGCUCCUACACAUGCAUCUGCCCUGAUGGAUAUACCACCAUGGAUGGAAGGACAGGCUGCCAAGAUGUGGAUGAAUGCAGUAAGAACAAUGUGUGCAUCCGGGGCGAUUGUCUCAACACUGACGGCUCUUUCUUGUGCUUGUGUGAGGCUGGCUUUAAGUUCAACGCUGACACGGCUGUCUGUGAAGACCAGAAUGAGUGCAAGGAGUUUGGAAGCUCAGUGUGUGGUACCUGGCGCUGCGAAAACACCAUCGGCUCCUACCGGUGCUUCAUGGGCUGCCAGCCUGGCCUUGAGGGAGAAGACGCCACAGACUGUGAUAUUGAUGAGUGUGUCAAUGAAACCAUCUGUGGGAAGCACGGCUUCUGCGAGAACACGGACGGCUCCUUCCGCUGCCAGUGUGACCAAGGCUAUACCAACCCCCCAGGAGACAUGAGCAAAUGUGUCGACACGAACGAGUGCGAGAUGAGCUUGGCGCUGUGCGGGGAGGCCCUGUGUGAGAACUUCGAUGGCAGCUUCCUGUGCAUCUGCCCCAACGACAAUGAGGAAUUUGAUCCCAUCACCAGCCAGUGCCGCUCCCUGGCUGAUAUGCACCCGACACCCGCCCCUGGAGUCCCUCCGUCCACUCCGGGGGAGAGGAAAGAGUGUUACUAUAACUUGAACGACGCCAACUUCUGCGACAACGUCUUGUCUCGCAACGCCACCAAGCAGGAGUGCUGCUGCACGGUGGGGGCCGGCUGGGGGGACAACUGCGAGAUCCACGCCUGUCCUGUGCCAGGAAGAGAUGAUUACAACCAGUUGUGCCCUCACGGCAGUGGAUUAUUACCCCUGCCUGUUUCCUCUACACACAAUCUGGGAGAACAGCGCCCUUAUAUAGAUGCAAAUGAGUGUGAGAUGUUCGGAUCAGACAUUUGCAAAAAUGGACAGUGUUCAAAUCUCUUUUCUACGUAUACAUGCUACUGUCGCUCCGGCUUCUACUACGACAACAUACGGCUUGAGUGUGUGGACUACGAUGAGUGUGGAUUUGGAACCGCCUGUGAGAAUGGAGCGUGUGUGAACACGGCCGGGUCCUUCAACUGUUUCUGCAGUCCUCCAUUAGUCCUGGACAGCACGCGCCGGCGCUGCAUCAGCCUCAACACCACAGAAGAAACUCUAGAGCCUGAUCACGAUGUGCACAUGGAUAUUUGUUGGCAGCGUCUGGAGGGGGACAACGUGUGUUCAGAGCCCCUCCAGGGAGAAAGAACUACAUACACUGAAUGCUGCUGCCUGUACGGCAUCGCCUGGAGUGGACAGUGUGCCUUCUGUCCCCAGAGAGACUCUGAGGACUACGCAGUGAUGUGCAACCUGCCUGGGAGAGGAGGUACGGACAGUCUGCGAGAGCGGCCAGGAUAUGAGUACGGUCUUGAGGAGCCGGAGGAUCCUGUGGAGCCUUUUGUUCCUCCGUACUGGGACAGCUAUGGCAGCCAUGCAGGACCCUAUGACAUCCCUGAAGGCGUUCCUCUCUUCAAUGACUACAGCGUCCAACAGCCACCUUCCCGUGUCCCCAUUUCACGACCACGAGAGCAGCGGCCACGGCCAGUGAAUUCCUAUGCUGAGCGCUACGAUGGCUUUGAGGGUCUCAGAGCGGAGGAAUGUGGAAUCCUGAACGGGUGUGAAAACGGCCGCUGCGUUCGUGUGCGAGAAGGUUACACCUGCGACUGCUUCGACGGUUACGAACUUGACCUAAGCAAGAUGGCCUGUUUAGACAUAAACGAGUGUGAGGACAUCAGCGAUAAGGUGCCCUUGUGUCAGAAUGGGCUGUGCACCAACACAGAGGGGUCGUACAAGUGCACCUGUUUGCCGGGCUUCGUGGCCGCCGCAGAGCCACACAAAUGCAUCCCAGAGAUCCCAGAAAUCCCAGAGAUCCCAGAGUCUGGGCUUGUGGAGGCAGGAAACUGAGACCGACUGCUGGCUUUUCCUACUCCCUCAAAGAUCACCUUACACCCCUCUGCCCUUUUCCCCAAGGGCCUGGCACUAAACCUUCAACAGUAACGCUUAGACGUCCAAACUUGUUUCCCUGCACGCAGAUACAGACACAAACACAUACAUACACUCGCAUUCAGCACAGAACACAUUCAUAUCCCCCUCAUACACAUUCAAGAGGACCAGGAAUUGUGCAGUGAAUGUAUAACAUGAGAUUUAGUAUUCACCAGAUAUCCAUUUGCCUUAAAGGGAUUUUGUGGACUGAUCUUUUUUCAUUCAGUAACCCCAGGCAUAUUGAUAUGCAGAUAUAUUUUCCACGUAAUUUUUUCUCUGUCACUUUCUUUUUGUUGUGUUAUUUAUUUCAUUUACAUGACGGGCCUCUGCAAACUAAGAAAGCAACCUAUUUCAGAGGGAAUACUUGGAUUCCUCUUGUUUUUGUUUUCUUGUUCUUGACGGCGUGGGGAGAUAAUAAAUGUCUUUUGUAAAAGAAGGAAUGUCAUCAGCCACUCAUAAAUCAGCUUGUGCCUCACUGUCAAACCUCUCACCAAUGUUCUCUCUCAGUCAUUGUAAUUGAGCAUUGACCUUGGACUAAAUGGACGCCAGGGUUGAUAAAUAUCCGAAAUUCAAGGAGAGAACUUUUCCCACAACUGCCUUUCUAUUUUUCAAGAUUAACCACGAGCUGAAGUUGAAGAAUCUCUGGAGCGAGAACUGAGAAGUCAACACAGCCAAACGUACACAUUAAAAACGUCAGCCUUUACGUGGACCUGGAAAGACUGUAGAUGUAUAUGAUGAUCUAUGUAAUAUUUUUGUUUUUUUAAAGGUGCAAUAGGUAUAACCUGCCUUCCUCGUUUGACACCAUUUUCACGAUCUUAAUGCCAGAAAUGAAGUAGGAAAACAUCUUUUGCUGAUCCCGAUUUUCUUUUCUUUUUAACAGUAUUAACUUGUUUUAUACGUCUGUAAAAACCAUAUGUACCAUGACUUAUAGGCUACAUUCUAGCCUGACUUCUGAAACCACAGGAAGGUAAGUUUUUACUUAAUUAAUUAAUUAAAAGUUAAUUUUCCACAAAUAUCACAGCUUGAAGUGAAAGUUUUAUGUACCAGGAUCACACAUCAUUCCCAUGUGUGCGUCUCUGAAUGCAUGUAAAGACACAGGCUUCGUUGGAGAGGUUUGGUAUAUUUUGUACAGAUCUAGUACUAUGUAUUAUUUUUGUUACAUAUUCUCUUAAUGCAUUAUAGCACAACCAAUAUUUUUGUUUGACAUAAAACUUAAAAAUGUAAUAAAAAUCUGGCAUUAUAGCUUUGUAGAUUUAUACAUUUAUGUCUGUAAAAAAUGUUUUUUAAAGCAUAUCUUUUUAUGUAUGAGGAGAGUGGCUGACACUGUACCAGAGGAACUGUGUGUAUACCCUGCCCUGUGGAGCAGACAAUGAAAUAUAUUUUUUGGAAGUGGCAGCACUGUUCUAAUCAGACAUUUUGUCUCUUCAAGUUCAUUACAAAGACAAUGCUUUUGAAAUGCAAGCACCAACUCCUGUGCGUCACAACUUUAUGGCUAAAUAUUAGUAAUUGUGAACAUUAUUUCUUUUAUUCUGUUAGAUCCUAAUGUCAUGAAUGUAUCAUAGACAGUAUCGGCCUACUCAUCUGGUUUCUGAACUCCCACUUAUACCUUUUUGUCUUUUAUAUUCAGGUUUAGGAAAUAAUGGCAUUAUUUGUCUAAUGGACUGAACUUUUUCUCAGCAACGCAUAAACAUAAAUGUCUAAUUCCAACUUUGGAGGAUGACUAAAGUUGAUGAUGUAUACCCGUGACAUGCAUUUGUAACCUAUAAGCCUACAGUUGUACAAAUGUUUCCACUUGAUGUCCACUUUCCUGUGCUGUUCAAUCCAUCAGCUAACCCGGACCGGAAGUCUAACAUUUAAGUCAACUAUUUAAAGCCUUUCAAAACUGCAAAUAACUUGCGAUAAAUGUCUUGUUGUAAAGCUGUGGUCAUUCGAAAUAUCAUGCUCAUUCAUUUUGUUUACCUCUUGGCUGUAAUCACUAUCAGUCAUCAAAAUAAAAACAUAAAAAAUA